AUGGCAGGCUUCAAUCCGGAAAUUCCCGGCCUCCAUGACUUGGACGCUGAAUACAUUGCUUACACCAAUGCUCCUACACUUUUGAUGCAGAUUGGCACAUUAUUUGGUGCCACAGCCCUGGUCAUCAGUCUGAGAUGUUAUGUCCGAAUCGCUAUGAUACGUUCAUUUGGUAAAGAUGACUGGACUAUUCUGCUGGCUUUUGCAUUUGCUCUAGCAUCGUUCAUCAUAUAUGUUAUGCUGGCUAGGAUAGGAUUAGGGAAGCACCUUCCAGUCAUUCGCAUGAAUGAAGAGGGCUAUCGAGAGUUCUCAAAACUUCGUCAAGUGCUGUCUAUAACUGUGGGAGUUGGUAUUGGGCUCGUCAAGAUCUCAGUUGCGUUUUUCUUGUUGCGUCUUGUAACAAAAAAGGCCUACAAGUGGUUUCUGAGAGGCUUUAUUGUCUUCAUGUUGUUGUUUACUAUAUGGCAAUGCACUCCGGUUGCAGCCGCGUGGGAUUUGAGGCUUCGUCCACCUCCAGUUGGAUCAGGCACUGCUGUGUGUUUUAACGCGAAAACGUUCACAGCAAUAGGGCUCAUGAAUACAGCCGUCACUAUUGCGACAGAUUUCCUUCUGGCUUUACUUCCAGUUCCACUUGUAUGGAAGUUACAGCUCAACGGCCGUAGUAAGGUCACUCUGGUCUGCAUUCUAGCCCUCGGACUGUUUGCAGGCGUGGCUGCAAUCAUCAAAUCCGAAAAGCAAAAGACCAUCUUCUCUAAUCCCGAUCCAUACGUCAAAGAUACCUUCGUGAUGUGGAGGUUCAUCGAAUAUUUCAUCGGCAUCAUUGCAGCAUCAUUGCCAUCACUAAAGCCUUUGUUCAAGCAACUGCUCAGCAACGGCACUCGAGCAACAGAAGAAGCUUCGAGUCAACCCCUACCCAGUAGACAGCGAUACUCGACCCGGAUCAAAACGGUAGAGGAUGAUGAGAUACCAUUGGAGAUAUAUGGGAAGAUUGGCCAUUCGGUCGAAGUUUCUUCAGGCUGUUGUAAGGUUCAGGGAGAAGGCGAGGACAGGGGUGAUAGUGUCCGGACACUUGAGCCCAACACAAUCUUGGUUGAGGAGAAGUGGCGCGUCAGUUAA